AGUCAUGCAUUUUUUAGUACUAAUUCAUUACAUAACUUUUAUGUAACGAUUACGUAUAAUAUUGUGAUUCUGUCAGAGUCAGAAGUAUUAUGCAAUCAGACUAAAUCUGAAUUUAAAUCAUCACAUAUUUCAUGUUUAGAUAUGUAGCAAAUAUUAAAACUGUCCUCUGUCCUGUACUAAAUAAUUUUCGUUUUCCAUAAACAUUUAUACUUUAGGGAUAUAAAAUUCGGAACUCAUUCAUACAAACUCGGUCGACGAAUACGAAUUCUCGUUUAUACGGAAUUCGGAUAAAUGUGUCGGGUGAACACGACCAGUGAGUUUGAGUAGCAAAACAAUAACACGGUUCACCUGAUUUGGAAAUUGCAUUGCACGUGAAAUUCUAUUAGAUUUUCAUAAUGUUUUGAAACAUUAACUAAAAUUGAUUUUUACAAUGUGUCUUAACUUUAUAACAAAUUUCUGUACUAAUAAGUUUGAGUGACCACCUUUAGGUCCGAGGAUGGUGGGGACGCGUGAACGCCAAUCGAUGGACCGGGCUCGCAAACGCCUCGAAGCCGUCAACUUUCUCACCAACAUUUCUCGUGAUGGGUCCUAUUCCGACACGCCCUGGGGUCUCGAACACAUUGCUGCCCGUGCCGCCGCCGCCGCUGCUGCUGCUCAAGUUACGACUACGCAACAACCACAACAAUCGUCGACAUCAACAUCGUCCGGAUGUCGCGACCAAGAUGACGUGACGAGAGAUCGAGAUUACUUUGCUGGCGGUGGAGAUGGUGCUAUUCUGGUCCCCGUCGACGUCCACGCUACGACGGAUAACGACGACGAUGCCUUUUGGUCCGAUGAAGAAACUAAAAGCCAACCAGGUCACGAGAGGCAUUUUCGGGCAGAGUCGAUCGUUGGCGUUGGAGGAGGCUCGCUGGAGGCGGUUGGCGAAGAAAAUAAUUACAAUAAUAAUAGUGAGAUAAGAUCAUCUGGAAGGCCGAGAGCGCAUACGACCCAAAUUAGUGAUGAUAUUCUAAGAAGGAGGAGGUCAAGUAGUGGGACUAUGAAUAAAGAUAUAGUUUCCAGUUUGCGACAAUUGCAACAUCAUCAAAAACACGCACAUUUCAGCAGUUCUGAGAGUGUCGACUUGGGCAAACCCCAUAGGACGUCAAAUACCAACGUUUCCGAGAGUGGAUCGAGCAAUCCUUCCGUGACGCCGAAACGCCCUCAAAUGAGAGUCAUUAAUAUGCGGUCGAAUCCUCGACCAGCCAUUCGAAAUGGGGAAAGGCUCAUCCUCGUUGUCAACAAGAGGACACCAGUCGUCAUCUUCUCCACGUUGCCGUUCUCGGCGAAAACUCAGAGGCCGAUAGUGCCGCCGACAACGAGUGAGGACGGACAACCUGCUAAUUCUACUUCUUGGUUUCCGAGAAAAAGGUCCAGGACUAGGACGUCAUCCUCGUCUUUUGACAGGGCGGCCGCCGAAAUCGCUGAAGCAUUUGCCAAACGGACUCGGAACGCUUCUGGGAGUCGGCCUCUUUCAGGGAUGGGAGGAGCAGGGUCCAGCGUCACGGGUGAAAAUGAAUCCACCUCGUUUCGCUUUGGAGACGAGGAAAAGAGUUACGGAUAUUUGUUGCAGCCAUCAAAAGUGAACUUUAACGCGACAACUUCUCUAACCAACGUCGCCGUGAAAGGGGUGACUCCUCCCCACCGACAAAAGCUCAUGGAAAUGCACGGAUUUCACAAUAUGAGAUCGGAUUCGAUGGAUGCGAACGCAAAGAAAUUGUAUUUUCAGAGAUGUAUUUCCUACGAAAGCUCGUUCCGAUCACAGAAAUUGCUUCAACAACAACAAGAGAAAAAUGCGAAUAACGGAAUAAAUCCGGAAAUUGGAGAGAAUAUUACGAAUAUUGCAAAUAUAUCGAAUGCGAUUCGAAAUGCACAAAAAUCACCGAACCCACCACCACUAGUGAUUGACGAAACGGAUGAUGAUGCACCCGGUCUACAAUAUCAUCCCGAAUUGCUAGAUGACCCUGAAUUGCGGGCCGGUAAGCAUCGAACCUUGCUCACCUUUCCAUCUAUUAUGACCUCGGUAAUAGAAUAUUGCAAAGCAACCGAUCUCAAGAAAGAAAUCAAUGACAAAUUCCGGGAACGAUUCCCACAGAUCGAACUUACUCUAAGUAAAUUGCGAAGUUUGAAAAGGGAAAUGCGCAAAAUAUCGAAAGAAUGUAACAUCGACUUGUUAACAGUUGCUCAGGCGUACGUUUAUUAUGAGAAGCUUAUACUUCUCUCCGUCGUGAAUAAGAACAAUCGAAAAUUCAUGGCAGGGGCUUGUCUCAUCUUAUCCGCAAAAUUAAACGAUAUAAAAGGAGAACCAUUGCGGAACUUUAUUGAGAGGAUUGAGAAUAACUUCCGCCUCGCUAAGGGAGACAUCUUAUCAUACGAAUUUGCUGCCCUUAUCGCACUUGAGUUUGGCCUGCAUCUCCCAACUUCUGAAGUUUCUUCGCAUUAUCAAAGACUGAUGUACGAGUAAUAAUCAUAAAUUGAUUCAGACAAUUUGUUGUGCCCGAAUUACAUUGUUCUACUUAAGUUGAAUAUAAUUAGGAAUUCUUGUGUUCAUGAAUACUCACUUUGGAAAUUUUGUCGAAGGAUUAUGAGAAAUGUGUGAAUUUACUACUUAAAACGAUUUUUUCUACAAACAUUUCUACAUGUAAAGCUAAAGUUUAUUCCGAAAACUAGACGCAUUUAUUUGUAAUACAAAUCCGAAAUAUUAGUAUUAUAUGUAUUAUUCUAAUUUAAGAGUGAAAUAAAAUAUGGAAGUUUGAAAU